AUGUAUUUCGGUGUACCUUGGCGAAAAAUUGAUUUAUUUCUAAAAGAUAUUGGUGGAUUGAGUGCUCAAAGUUGCAACAAAUGGAGUAGAAUAUUAAUUGAAGAAGAUUUAGAAGAGUUUUUGGAGGACAAUAGAGGUGGUAAACAUAGUGAAAGCUUCUUUGAUAUCUAUCCUGAAUUAGAAUCUUUGGCCAAGUUAUACGCUAUAAAGGCAUGCAAAAGAAAGGCAGCAUCGUUUACUUGUACGGAACUUGCAGAAUAUUUAGAUGAUCAAUAUUAUAAAGUAACUGGAGAGGUGAAAAACACACAACAACUAAUUCGAUCAGAAAAAACUUGUCAUCUUGAUCUACAUCGUUGGGGUUGCAAAUUUGAUAAGAAUACUGCUAAGCCUUACUGGGAAGGUCAUGAAAGACCAGAUGUUGUUGAAGCUCGCACAAAAUUCGUUCGAAAUUUUCUAACGAAUCAAGACAAAUACUAUCGAGUUGAAGAAGGAAAAGAUCCACAAUGGAACACACCAAAGAAAAAUCCAACCGUUCUGAUUUUUCACGACGAAUCAUGCUUUAGGAGUGGGGAAACAGCAGCAAAACGUUGGUUCUAUUCGGAUGAUACUACAACAUUUUUCAACAAAGGCCGAGGAAGAUCGUUGAUGGUGUCAGAUUUUUUAAUUGCACAUCCGGACAAUCCUUUCUUUCAGCUUUCUCAAGAUGAAUGGAAGGCAGCUGUGAAGAAGUAUCCUGAAUUACUAGAAGAUGAUGGAAUUCAAUAUAUUGAACGAUCAGCUUCUGGAUCAAUUCAAGUGGGUUUUGGAGGAUAUUUUGAUAAUGAUGCCAUCAUCAAUCAAUUUACUCGUUUGUUCAAAAUGUUACCAUUUAAACAAGCUUAUGCAAAUCAUAAGUUUCAUGUUAUUGUGGAUAAUGCUCGUACUCAUAGUGCUAAACAUUAUUCGGUUGAAGAUUUUGGGAUGAAGCCAGGUACGCGUUGUAAAACUGAUAAAAUAUUCUACAGAGAUGAAGAUGGUCAAAAACAAUCUAUCGACUGUUUUUUUACAACUGGUAGCAACAAAGGACAAUCAAAAGGCCUACUUAUUUUGGCAAAAGAACUUGGUAUUAAAACUUCAUCUAAUAUAAGAUUAGAAGAACUAAAAAGACUUCUAAAUUCACAUGAUGCAUUCAAGAACAUUUCAAAAUUAGAGAUGGUUGCUAAUGACUAUGGUGUAGCAGUUACUUUCUCGCCGAAGUUCCAUUGCGAGUUAAAUCCUAUAGAAGGAUUAUGGGCACACCAAAAACAAUUCGUUCGACAUCGAACAGACCAAACAUUUCCCACUAUGCUCAAAUUAAUUCAGAAAUCAAGAACCAAUUUCAUUGAAAAGAAUGUUUCUUUGAAAUUAAUCAGGAGAUUUUGGCGUACAUUAGCUGCUUACGACCGUGGUGAAUCAUAUGAAGAUGUUCUCAAGAUGUAUUUCAGUUCAAUGUGUAAAGCUAACGUCGUUUCGCAUCGUCAAAUUACUAAUUCCAACUUGAAUGACUGA